AUGAGCUCGUCGCACAAGCCGCCUGCGUUCAGCGCAGCAGCGCAAGCGGACGACGAUGACGAGUGGGAGUCUAUGCCCGUAGAAAACGCUCAGCACACGUCAGCCGCACCAAUACCUGUUAGCGCCUACUCGAAUCCCUACGAUCUCCCAUACGGCGACGAGGAAGAGGAUGAUUCCGACCCAGACGACCCGCGAAGAUUUCGCUCGCUGCCCUCCCGCUCGUCGGCUCGCCACAAACCCAGUCGCUCCGCCAGUGGAAACCAUCACAAACGAUCGGCUGCCAGAUCUCAAUACCUAACCGACAAUGUCGCUUCAUCAUCAGGCCCACCCAAAAAUGCGGCUACCAAUGCAACUGGAAAGCAUCUCGACAUUGACGACGCAAGAGGCUAUGAUUGGCGCUCCAAACCAGCAAACGCUCAGAGCGAUCAAGACGACGAUGACUCCGACGCCGAAAAGGGAUAUACACAGCUCAGACUGGAUGAGGACGAGGAAGCCGAAGAGCUCCACGCAGCCACCAGAUACCUUUUCCAGGAUGGCGACCCACACGAUCCCUACGGCGACAACACCACCGCCACUCCUCUCAAUCAGAUGAAGACCACCAAGCAGCUUCUCUCCGAGGGUCAAAAGAUCGCCUACGUCGGCCUCUGCAGCUUGAUAGCUUCCGAAAUGGUAAGACAGAUCCGCAGAGUACCCGGCAAGAAUCUCGAUCCAGCCAAACAGAGCGUAGACGCCUGGAAGAUCAAAGUCAUGGCCCGUCUCUAUCAGCACAUGGAGAUUGAAAGCUCAGAGCAACGCAUGAUCGAGUCCUUAGCUGAGCAUGGUGUGCUCGCUACCGACCUGGCUCCCUCCCUCGUCACCACUCAGACCAUCGACAAUCCCGACUUUGAUCCCGACGCUCUACGUGAAAAGCAACAAGAAGAGCAAGAGCAACAAGAGCAGCGUCAACGAGACCAGACUUUGACCACAUCAAAAGACCCGCCAACCAGCCCAGCCUCAUCCCCUCGAGCCGGGCCAGGCACCACCCAGCUGUCGUCAUCGGAUGGAGCCGAUGACCAGCGGCAGCUCUCGGCUCAGCGCAACGAGACAGACGACGAAGAUCUUGACGGCGACUUGGGCGCCAGCCGCCCGAAAGCGUCUGAAACAACAGUCAAAGAGCCGACCAGAUCAGCUGCAACCGGCGUCAAACAUGCUUCGACCGAAGACGAGGGCUUCGACAUUGGCAUGCAGCUCGAAGAAACGUCCGCCGCGCACCAAAGGCAACACGACUUCACCAACCGAGAGCCUGACGCUGGCAAAUCUCCACCAAUCUCGACGACUUCUCCCGUCAUCGCAGACCCCAACACCGCCUCGCAGCUGUCGAAGGCAGUCGAUGCCGUCGAUGGCACUCCAACAAUACCGGACGUGGAGGCAGGCCCGGGCUCAGUGACGACAGCGCUUGGCCUCACAAAGGAGCCCCAAGCACUCGAGCCGCCGCCAGGCGCCCUAGAUGGCGUCACCACCAGCAUCAGCAGCGCCGAUGCCACCAUCACUCUCGACCUCCGAUGGACCGUACUCUGCGAUCUCUUCUUGGUCCUUACCGCCGACAGCGUCUACGAUGCUCGCUCGCGUGUGCUGCUCGAGCGUGUCGCCUCCUACCUUGGCCUCACCUGGAUGGACGUCACCCAGUUUGAGAAGCGCAUCACCGAUGCUCUCGAGAUCGAAGAAGGCGUCGAGACCCUCAGCGACCAGUCAGCCAUCAAGCAGCGUAUGAUCAUGGCCCGAAAGAAGCGUAUGGUCAUGAUGGGUCUCGCCACCGUCGGAGGAGGCCUUGUCAUCGGGCUUUCCGCUGGCCUGCUAGCACCCGUCAUUGGUGCAGGUAUGGGCGCCGCGUUGGGAGCUGUCGGCAUUGGUGGUACCAGCGGCUUCCUUGGCGGUGUCGGAGGUGCCGCACUCAUCACGUCCACCGGCACUGUGGGUGGUAUGAGCCUAGCAGGGCGUGGCAUGAGUCGACGCACGCGCAGCGUCAAGACCUUUGAGUUCAAGCCCAUUCACAACAACAAGCGCGUCAACGCCAUCGUCACGGUGCCCGGCUUCAUGAGCGGUCCACAAGAUGAUGUCAGGCUACCCUUCAGCGUCAUCGACAGCGUCAUGGGCGAUGCUUUCAGCGUCUUGUGGGAGCCCGAUAUGAUGCAAGAAAUGGGUAAUGCGCUUGGCCUCCUCUGGAACGAGACCAUCGUGCAGGGUGUUCAGCAGGCCCUGGCUCUGACCGUAGCUGGUGCCGGUGCCAUGCUCACUGCCUUGGCAUGGCCUCUCUGGCUCACCAAGCUCGGCUACCUCAUCGACAACCCUUGGUCCAACGCCUUGGACCGAGCUCAAGCUGCGGGCCUCAUUCUGGCAGAUACUCUCUCGAAACGACAGCUGGGUGUGCGUCCCAUCACGCUUGUAGGGUACAGUCUUGGCGCCAGGGUCAUCUUCUAUGCCCUCGUCGAGUUGAGCAGGAUCAAAGCGUACGGCAUCGUACAGAACGUUUACAUCAUGGGCGCUCCAGUCACCGCAAAGGACGAGACCUGGAAGGAGGCUAGAAGCGUCGUCUCGGGACGCUUCGUCAGCGCCUUUUCGCGCAGCGACUGGAUCCUGGGCUAUCUGCAUCGAGCCGCCUCUGGUGGUCUUCGCAGCAUCGCCGGCUUGCAUCCCGUCGAAAGGGUGCAGGACAUCGAAAACGUCGAUGUGACUCACGUGGUUCCCGGCCAUCUUGGCUACCGGCCACUGAUGCCACUCGUUCUGAGCGAGCUCGGCUUCCGCACCACAGCAGACUACUUUGACGAGCCCGAGGAUCUGAACGCCAUCCCGGAGAGGCAAAUAGUACGCGACGAAAAGCCGGACGACCUCGAGCUCAAACCUGUCUCCACAUCGACGGGUGGCUUCGGCAAGAUCUUCCGACGCAAAGCUGCAAGCAGCACAAGCAGCCAAAGCGCAACGCCGGCCCGUUCCAGCUCAGCAGCUGGCUCUGCGCCGACAACAGCUGCAGCAUCCGCAAAUGCUCCGUACGACGAGUAUGACGACGGGGACUUACCGCCCAGGGAGGAGCAUCAAGAAGAGCCGGUUCCCUCUAGCGGCGCCAUCAGGGUCGAAGAAGCCAAGCAGAAGCAAGAAGAAAUCGUCAAGCAGUCGGUCUCGCGCGUCGAGGCGGUACGAGCUUCGCACGAAGGCUCUGGGCGCGCUGCCACGCCGGAAGCAGAUCGACCGAACUCGACGAGCGCCCACUUCGACACGGAAGCGAUCCUGCGUGAGCUUCGUGAGUCUGGGAUUGAGGUCAAGGAAUUGGAGAGCUCGCUGCCGCCUCUUCCCCUCUCUGCCAAGGCCGAGUCGGUCGCGGUGCCUUUCCCUCGUGAAGAGAACAAUGACACUCAGCACGAACAGAUCGCACCAGGACCUUCGAAUGUCGUAGCCGCGAGUGCAUCGACUGCUGCUGCCUUUGGUAGCAACCCGUUACCGGAAGCAGCUUCGGUGCCAGCAGACGGAGGCAUCUCGCUUACAUUUGCAUCGUAUGAUGACGAGGACAUUCAGCUCGCCGAGAGCCCUUCGGAGAUAGCACCCAGCAAGUACGGCUUGUCGUCUUCAGCAGCAGCUGAACUGGCCAAUCGAUUCAGGAACGAUGAAGCUGGUACCACGAAGCUCGCAGGAAAUGGCUCUGCGCUGAGGAACGAGGUGUGGCUCGUGGCGGAAGAUGAUUGGGGAGUGGCACGUCCGGACACGUCGUAUGACAUCUCGAUGGGUACCAGGAGUGCCAAGCACUCGUUGCCAACGAGCAGCAGUCUCGGGUUCGGAGAAAUGCUGUCGCCCGGGCAUGAAGCAUCGCACGACGCUUUGACGCCUCCCAGCUUGGCGGUUGGCAGAGGCUUUGACUUUACGAGCGCACUCGGCACGGCGCCGGGCUCAUCCCAUUCAGAAAGGAACGCCUUUGAUUUGAGCGCAGGAGCCAAACCCUCGCCAUCGGGCGAGCGGACGCAGCGACGUGGCGGAGACGGCACCGGGCUGGGAAGCGAGCCAGAUCCAUGGGCGGAGAAUCCUUGGUGA